UGGUCGGUAAAUGACGCGCCCCUGGACUACGACGAACAGAGUUACCUGACCUUUGGUCUGUGCCUGAACACGUCUGCCGCAUUCAGCGUGUUGAACAAAGGCCCACCCGCCGACCACCCGGAGGCGUUGGCAUUCCGUGAGAUGUGGGGAGACAAGUCGGAAAUGCGUCGGUUCAAGGACGGCACGAUUCAUGAGGCUGUCUUGUGGUCACGCUCCUCGCUGCAGGCUGAUCGCAGGCUGGUGUGUGGGAGGAUCGUGCGCUACGUUCUGCAAAGGAGCCCGGUGUGUGGUCUGCUGCGUUUCCUUCACCUGGUGUCCACUCACAAUUGGUCCAGCGACCCACUCAUGAUCAACCUCAACGCAGACUUCACAGAGGAAGAUUUCACCUCCAUCCCUAAAGAGUUGAGCCAAUCUGGCAACUCGCGGCCCCCCAUGUGCCUGGCGACCCCCCAGGACCGCACGGGCUCGCGCUGGACCCGCCCACAUCCCACUGGCCACUUCCUGCGACGCCUCGUGGUGCUGGCGCGGGCCUCGCUGCAUUCGCUGGAAACACAGCUCAUGAGCGACUUCCUAACCGCAGACUUCAAGCUCAUCUUCCGCCCGGCCCUGCAACACUUCCACUUGCUGAUUCGUCUGCUCGCCCGGGCCAACGUGGUGGGGCACCAGGCCGUGGAUGCCCGGAGUCGUCCCCCCUUGACCCGCGCCGGACAUCUUGACGACUCCAAGGUCGCGCUGCCUGUCGUCGGGUUCAACGUGUGUCGCAAGUUUGUUCACGACUUGCAGAACAUCUUCGGAGAGUACGCCAUGUUUUUCCACGACCCAUUCGGUGGUGACGUCAUUGGCCUGGUGUGGAAGCCGCAGGUCUCGGAGGUCACGGGGUUCAAGGCGUCCAGCUUCCCAUACCGGCGACCCAGCGUGGGGCACGGAGAGACGGUCAGUCUGACCGCUGGGAGGGAACACAUCCUGGAUGACAUCCGGCUGUUGGGAGGGGGGAUUGUCCAGUCGAUUGAGGCUCCGGGGGAUUGUCCAGUCGAUUGAGGAAAUAUGGG